AUCAGCACGGCACUCCGCUCGUCCAGCACCAGCAGUUUUCGAUAAAAUUCGGUUGCGUGAUAAGCUUACGUGUGUGAAAACAUUAAAUUUAUUUUACUCUCUUGAUCACGUAAAACGUGUUAUUCGAUUGAAUUAUCCCGUGUAUCCGCGAGCGAUCAAGUGUAGUCACAAUAACGGGUGUGGAUCGUGAAUAUUUUAUUAGAUUCUAGAAAAAAGUAUUUGAUUUGACAUCUAGCAUUUCGCAAGUUUGACAAAGCUGUUUAUUUGUGUAUGCCGUGAUUGUCGUGUGUAAAUUCGGAGAUAUUGAGUGUUGUAUUAGUGCGUUGGUCGAUAGCAGGUGAUGUGGUGAACGUAGUGUCUGUUUUUGUGAAGUUUGUUUGGAAUCGUGAUGUGUUUGUGCCUGCGCCCAGCUCGCUCGACCAUGGUGCGGAAGGGAGAUAGACAAAUCAGCUUUUCCUCAUAAUGGGGUAUUCCUCACCGCGGCCGCGUCGUACCGCCGCCCACCAUGCUGCGCCCGGAGUCGCCCCUCGCUGACCACCGCAGCCUCCUGCCGCGCCGCCUCCUCCCCGUCAAGGCCCAAAUAGCCCCCGCCGACAAGCGCAAGAACCGACGCUCCCUCGAACUCAACCCACCCACCGACUACGAGUACCCUAAGCUCCUCAUCUCCAAAACUACCGACUCACUCAACAUAGCGAAAAAGCAAGAAUCCGCUGAUAGCUUGAAGCGACUCUUAAAAGACGAUAAGAAGAAAGUCGUUAAACAGGAUUCCACCGAGAGUCUUAAGAAAGCAUUCUUAAGCAGACAAGACUCUAAUGAUAGUAAGAAGGAGCCUAAGCGACCGAAGCAGGAUGUCAAGCCUGAAGUCAAACGGGGAAGCGAUAAAAAGGCUUUACUCGAAACAGACAAUUUUGAGGAGACUUGCAAAAGACUAUACGAACGGAGGACAGGCGCCGCUCGUCCGACUUUACCCCCCGUAGCUGAGAAAGGGCUCGAAUCUCCAGAAUCUCCAAACAGGAGUCCAUUAACUCCUGGAGUGGCUGCGAUUGCCGAGGGCGUAGUUCGGUGGGGAAGUGGCUUGCUUUCUCCCAAAGAAGAGCCUAGGUUGAGGACGGCUAGGAGCUGGUAUGGAUAUGGGACGCUGCCGACUGAUAGCGAAAAGUUGGGAGCAGGCGCGACGGGCCCCGGAGCUAGGGCGCUAGAACUGAUCCUCAGCGGAGGCCUAAAGUCUCUGGCGAGGCCCGCCCGGCCUGUCCGCAGGGCUGCGUCGCGGGACUCAGUGCUGUCGCAGCCGCAGCCGCUACUUGAAGGUCUCCGCAAAUGCUCGACAGUGCUCGCGCUCACCGACCGCGAGAAGGUCACCGAGCCGAUCCGCGCCCACAACCGCCUUCGAGCGCCCUCCGUCUGCUCCCGAUGCUCCUCGCUCCUGUCCCUGGCUGGCGCCGGAUCCAGGUAUUCUUUGGACGGCGCCGGCGGGGGCUUCGUACCAGCCGCUCCGGUCAACUGCAAGCUUUGUUUGGAAGACGCCGCUCCCGACAAGGUGACCGUCAUCGGCGGCUGCGGAUGCGCGUACUGCACUAAGUGCAUGAAAGCGUACGUGGAGUUCGAAGUGUGCAACGGGGCUUACGAAGUGUCGUGUCCGGACGCUCGGUGCCGGGCGGGCGCUGCGCUGGCCCUCGAAGAGAUCUCGCAACUGGUGGACGCCAGCGUCAUGGAGAAGCAUCUCAAGUUCAGGCUUAACCAUGAAGUGGCGAUGGACGCUAACCGCGCGUUCUGUCCCCGCGUCGGCUGCGACACCGUCGUAUCGCUGCGCGCCGCCAGCCCAGCGCACUGCCCGACCUGCCGGCAUGAUUUUUGCUCGCAGUGCAACCAGGAGUGGCACGGCAGCAUGUCGUGCGAGGCGGCAGCGGCGUCUUCCUCCAUGGCCGGCGCCGGCGCCCCGCUCCUGCCCGACUCGGAGCUCAUCAAACUCUGCCCGAUGUGCCGCGUCCCUAUCGAGAAGGACGAGGGCUGCGCGCAGAUGAUGUGCAAGCGGUGCAAGCAUGUGUUCUGCUGGUACUGCCUCGCGUCGCUCGAUGAUGACUUCCUGCUCCGCCACUACGACAAGGGGCCGUGUAAGAACAAGCUGGGACACUCGCGUGCCUCCGUGUUGUGGCACAGAGCACAGGUGGUGGGCAUAUUCGCCGGGUUCGGGCUCCUCCUGCUGGUCGCCAGCCCGCUGCUGCUGCUGGCAGCGCCCUGCAUCGUCUGCUGCAAGUGCAGAUUAUGCAACCCCAGCACGAAAAACCUCGAAGAAGUCGACGAAAUUGAGAGCAUAAGUCCCGGACGCGAAGACGACGACGAAAUAACUCGCGCCCGGUACCUCUCCGACUGACGCAAGAAGCGCUCCAAGGAGGGCUCCGGCCGGUGGUAGGCCAGGGGCUGGGGACUCUGUGAGGUGAGCUGUCAAUGGUCAAACGUAGAAGAGGGAAACAGUGAUUGGUCAAACGUAGAAGAAGUGAAAAGUGAUUGGCUAAACGGAUCCUGGAAGUUGGAGGAGAAUUUUGACUAGACUGUUAAUUGCCGAUGGAUUUUUGUUGUGAGAAAUUUUGGUCAUCUUCGAUUAUGCAGGAAGGAAGAAAAAUCUAUUGACUUGUGUAAAUAGGUUUGAGCCAACACUAAUAAGAAUCUGGUCCAGCGGAGGUAAUCUUCAAAGGAAGAAUGGCCAUAAAUCCUACACAAGGACCUUUCAAUUCAAUCUUUCUGUAGGUUGAUUUAAGUACCUACUUAGUUUUGACGGACAACCACUGAGUGUUGACAAAUGACGGGCUGAAUGAGUCAAGAUUUUAUGAAGGGGCCCACAGAUUACCAGUUCGCCGGACGAUAUCAGCCUGUCAAUUGUUAGGAGCUGUCAAAUUUUGCUUUUAACUGACAGGCCGAUAUCGUCCGGCGGAUUGAUAAACAGUGGGCCCCUUAUCAGGGUGUUGAUUAUUUUUCACGAACACAUAAUCUUGUUCGAACGUUCAGCCAUUGACAUUCGUGUAGAGAUUUUUGCCAAGCGAAUACCGGCGCCGUAAACUGAACACUAUGAUUAUUGUAUAAAUACUUACUAGAUUCUGGCCAAGGUUAUGUAUGUGACAUUGACUUCUGAUUGCAGCAGACUCAGAAAACGAAAUUGGAGGCAUAAUAAAGCCGUACAUAUUAAAAUCUAUUCAAAGAAGAGCUUAAAAGGAUAGUUGCUUCAAAUUUCGUUUUUUAGUUUUGCUCAGGGAUUAAGUAUUUGUAAAGAACUGUGUUCAGUCGACGCCAAAGAUAUAUGUUUGCCUUUUUCGCCUUAUUACAAAGGAGUAAGGUGCAAAAGUGUAUACAUAUAUUUGACGUCGACUGUUCAAGCCACUAUUGUAUUUACCUAAUGUUGCAUGUUUGUACAUCGCUGUUUUUUGUGAUUACUGACGAUGGACUAAGAAAUCCUGACCGUAAAUAAAAACUGUCAGUUCAAGGUCGUUUUUUCAAUUGAAAGUUGUGUAAUUUGUAUGACUUCUUGACUUGGCUUGUAACAACUAAAGCCUUAUUUUGAUCUCUGAUUGGUAUUUGGACUUUUGGCAGAUUGUAAUGAAUAUACCUACAUUUUGUGGCAGUAAAGAUUUUUAUAAAUGUACUGCCUAUAUGUACUUUAAAACAGCUUAUAGCUCACAUAUUGAUUUGAAGCUUAUUUUAUUUGUUUGGGGUUGGAUGGGGUAAAGAGACUGAUAUCAACGGAUGUGUACCUAUUCGAGUGCCAAUGUUUUUCUUUCCGAUUUCCACUAAUGCCAAUUUAUUUACGCUUUUCGCCAACUUUUGGUCCUUUCGACUGCGUCAAUUAUAUUGACAGAAAACGUUAACUUGUUAUGUUGACAAUGUAAUUUAUGUAGCGGUGAAGAGAAUUUGAUAAAUGGCGAUAGCACAAUUUUAAAUUUGCGCCAAAAUUCUUUAAAAACAAUUAAAAAAUGGUACACUUAUUUUAGAAAAUAUAAUAAAAUGCACCUGUUUUCUUUACUUUUGAAUAGUCAGCAGCUGAAGUUGCUAAGCGGGCGAAGUGUUCAAAAUGAACUGAACAUAAGGUAAGAGAACAUAGCGUGUGUUGGUAAUUUCGAACAUUUCAACCCAUUUAGCUACUUCUGAUGUACCUGUAUAAUUAAUAUACUUAAUGUCUUCGACAACGAAUCUUUAAAGGAUUUUGGAAGUUUCUCGAACGAUUUAAAUUAAAGAUCAUGGGCUUGUACCAUGAUUUUUCAACCAUUGAGCUGCUGUCAUCUAAAGAUGGCAUGCUCGAAUAUAAUGUAAUUUAGGCAUGGAUGUUAAAAGUGGAACUUAAAAUAUUAACCAGGUAAUGAUGGAUAUUUAUAUGUAUAUUUUUUAUAAAAUAUAGUAUGCAAAGCGUA